UGCUGCCAUAGCACCUGCGGCUCACUUUGCCUCAGACGUGACAGAUCGACAACCUGACGAGAGCAGCCUUUUCAUAAUUAGCACACUGCUACAGAGAAACUAACAGCACUGGUGUUCCUCUUCCCAUCUCCAUGUCUACUGACCAGGAUAGCUGUUACCUGUGUAAGGAAUACUUCAGAGAUCCGGUCUCAAUUCCCUGUGGCCACAUCUUCUGCACCAUCUGCCUUAAGACCUACUGGGACCACGCUGACCGUACAGGUUCCUACAACUGCCCACAGUGUCGGGUCGCCUACAACAAGAGGCCAACACCGCGCCGCCUCCAGUCCACACGCUCUUCUUCGUACUCGGUCCACACCCAACCCAGCAUGUCUGAGGCAUACCCACCACCGCCCCCGGACCCAGACUACAACUAUGCAGGGCCGCAGGACGUGGGCUGCGACAUCUGUAUGGGAAAGAAGCACAAGGCCAUUAAGACGUGCCUGAUGUGCCUGGCGUCCUACUGUGAAAAGCAUCUGAAGCCCCAUUACGAAAACCCUGGCUUCAAGAGGCACAAGUUGGUGGAUGAGAUCGGCCACCUGGACAGGCAGAUCUGCCCCCAGCACCAGAAGGGCCUGGAGUUGUUCUGCAAGACGGACCAGAUGUGUAUCUGCGUGCUGUGCACUGUGAAGGAACACAAAGGUCACGAUAUGGUUUCAGCCGAACAGGAGAGGAACGAAGAACAGCAACGUUUGGGGGCCACCCAGGCGGAGAUCCAGGAGAAGAUUCAUGAGAGGCUUAAGCAGAUGGAGGAGCUGAAACAGGCUGUGGAUUCCCUCAAGAGCUCAGCCCAGAGGGCCAUGCAGGAGUGUGAGAAGAUGUUUGGUGAGAUGAUGCGCUCCAUUGAACGAAUGCAACAGGAAAUGACCAAGCUGAUCUCCUCCAAUAAAAGAGCGGCUCUUAACAACGCAGAGGGUCACUUGGAGCGUCUGACUGGUGAGAUAACUGAUCUCAAGAAGAGAGACAAUGAAAUCACACAGCUUUCACGCACAGAGGACCACAUCCACUUCAUUCAGAGCUACCACAUGCUGAUCGCUCAGACAGAGGCUGAAGAACUCCCUACAGUCUCAGUGAACCCCUACUUCUCCUUUGGUCCAGUAACCAAGGCUGUCUCUGAGAUGAAAAUUCAUCUCCAUGACUUCAGCAACGAGGAGCUGGUCAAAGUUGCCAAGACAGUGAACAAAAUGCCUUUUUGUCAGCUGGAUGAUGUGAAAAGGAGGAACACAAUAAAAGCUGAUGAAGUAACUGCAGUGUACAAGACCCCAAUCAUGCAAGAGCCACAGCACAGAGAGGACUUCCUGAAAUAUGCCUGUGUUCUCACGCUGGACCCCAACACUGCUUACCGCCAGCUGUACCUGUCCAGAGGCAAUAGGAAGGCAACCUUGAAACGAGACCCCCAGGACUACCCAGAAAGUGCCUCCAGGUUCGACUGCCUGCCCCAGGUCCUCUGCAAGGAGCCCCUGUCAGGAGGUGCCUUCUACUGGGAGGUGGAAUGGAGCGGAGAGGGGGCCUCUGUUGGAGUCACCUACAAAGGGAUCAAGAGGGCAGGCUAUGGGGACAGCUGCCGCAUUGGCUACAACCGCAAGUCCUGGAGCCUUUUCUGUUCUGACUCCAGCUACUCCGCAAGGCACAGCAAAGACCAGGUGGAGAUCAACGCACCUUACUCCUCGCGUAUAGGCAUCUUCCUAGACCACUCGGCAGGCACGCUGUCCUUCUACACUGUGGGGAACACCAUGUCUCUCAUCCACCAGUUCAAGGCCUCUUUCGCUGAGCCUGUGUACCCAGGCUUCUGGGUUUGGUAUGAGUCUGCGAUCACUAUCAAUCAGCUAUCCUAAUAUUUUAUCUACAGUUAUGACUAAAAUAAAUAAUUUGCCUUUGUAUCUGUCUUAAUACAUUCCCAUAGUUUCCAAGUCACUGAUUAAGCCUAGUCAUGGAAAAUCUCUGUGGAAAUGAAUUUUUUGCCCUGGACUAGGCUUAAUCAGUCAGUGAAAUCAGCAAUAAUGAUUGAAAUUAUAUCUCAAUAUUUGUAAUUUAUGUGAAAGUUUUUUAUGAUUCAAUUUGCAUUUUUAUACUGUAUAUAAGCAAAUAUGACCAAUUUGGGUUGUUGCGUAGGGGAUAAAGAUGACAUUUACUGUAUGAUGCUCUUAUAAUCAUGAACAAUCUUCUUUGAAACAAAAACUGUCUUAAGUGUUGAAUGAUCAGUUGAAUGAAAUGCAACUGUGGUUUAAUAUGAAGAUUAAUAUGAAUGUGUCAAGCAGAUAAUAUUAUGUUCUUUCUGUAUUCAUUCUCAGAAUAUGUAAUACAAUGUUUUAUU